CUGCAUAGCGAGCUCGCCCCGCCACAUACCGUGAUCUUCCGUCUUUCGUUGCACUACCACUUUACCCGGACAACAUGAGGGAAUGCAUCUCAGUCCACAUCGGCCAAGCCGGCGUGCAGAUCGGCAACGCCUGCUGGGAGCUGUACUGUCUCGAGCAUGGCAUCCAGCCCGACGGUCAGAUGCCGUCCGACAAGACCCUGGGCGGUGGAGAUGACUCGUUUAACACCUUCUUCAGUGAAACCGGUGCUGGCAAGCAUGUGCCGAGGGCUGUGUUUGUGGACUUGGAGCCUACUGUUGUCGACGAAGUCCGCACCGGCACCUACCGUCAGCUGUUUCAUCCAGAACAGCUUAUCACUGGCAAGGAGGACGCCGCCAACAACUACGCCAGAGGACACUACACCAUCGGCAAAGAAAUAGUAGAUGUCGUCCUCGACAGGCUCAGGAAGUUAGCUGACCAAUGCACAGGUCUUCAGGGCUUCCUGGUGUUCCACUCGUUCGGUGGCGGCACCGGAUCCGGCUUCACCUCGCUGCUGAUGGAGCGCCUCUCCGUCGACUACGGCAAGAAGUCCAAGCUCGAGUUCUCCAUCUACCCCGCACCUCAGGUGUCAACAGCAGUGGUCGAGCCGUACAACUCUAUCCUGACCACGCACACCACUCUCGAGCACUCGGACUGCGCUUUCAUGGUCGACAACGAGGCCAUCUACGACAUCUGCCGUCGGAACCUGGACAUCGAGCGUCCUACGUACACCAACCUUAACAGGCUGAUCGGACAGAUCGUAUCCUCGAUCACAGCCUCCCUCCGCUUCGACGGCGCGCUCAACGUGGACCUGACGGAGUUCCAGACCAACUUGGUGCCGUACCCGCGCAUUCACUUCCCUCUGGCCACCUACGCUCCCGUCAUCUCGGCGGAGAAGGCGUACCAUGAACAGCUGACGGUUGCCGAAAUCACUAACGCUUGCUUCGAGCCUGCCAACCAGAUGGUGAAAUGCGACCCGCGCCACGGCAAGUACAUGGCGUGCUGCAUGCUGUAUAGGGGAGACGUGGUGCCCAAGGAUGUGAACGCGGCCAUCGCCACCAUCAAGACCAAGAGGACCAUCCAGUUUGUUGACUGGUGCCCCACAGGGUUCAAGGUGGGCAUCAACUACCAGCCGCCGACGGUGGUCCCUGGUGGUGACCUGGCGAAGGUGCAGCGCGCCGUCUGUAUGUUGUCCAACACUACCGCCAUCGCUGAAGCCUGGGCCAGACUUGACCACAAAUUCGACCUGAUGUACGCGAAGCGCGCCUUCGUGCACUGGUACGUGGGGGAGGGUAUGGAGGAGGGAGAGUUCUCGGAGGCACGUGAGGACCUCGCCGCGCUCGAGAAGGACUACGAGGAGGUCGGAGUAGACUCCACUGAGGGGGAGCUUGAUGAGGAGAAUGAGUAUUAAGAGGUUGGGAGGGUUGCCAGAUCAGCCUAGCCAAGGUUACAAUCGCUAUCGCUUCGACAACGAAAAGCUUUAUGUCUCUCACUCUUCCAUAUUAGUGGGACAGUGACAGUUGCGUUUCGAUCGCUACGGAGCGUAAGCGAUUGGCAUCUUGGCUACGCGGCCAGAACAGAAUUAUCUCUAGGUAAAAUGGGUCAUUGAAGGGUUGGGGAGCUACGAUCGUUGCUCCCGAAAUGAACUCCAAAAUUAUGACAGUUAUCUGGCAAUCCUAGUUAGGUGCGUGGGCAUUGACUACCUACACUUUGAGCGAUACGUGACUGUUAAGUGUUAUUACACUUUAUUUAAUUACACAAACGGGUCUACCGCGAUAUAAUUUCAUUGUUUUUACCUUUAAUUCCGACGUUUCAGCUGAGUUGCACCAGCUGUGGUCACGGAAAGACUGACGCCCCAACAAAUGUCAACGGAGAUAUUAAAAAACGCCACUAAACUACCCGAAAUUGGCUGGUGGUGGUGAAUUAGCUGGUGCAACUCAGCUGAAACGUCGGAAUUAAAGGUAAAAACAAUGAAAUUAUAUCGCGGUAGACCCGUUUGUGUAAUUAAAUAUCUGUUAAGUGUUGCCUACAUCUUUAUAAAUUAUACCUGGCCAAUGCCCGUGGUAAUGAUAAAAAACUAGAUACCUACUAGAAAAGAAGAUAUUUGGUAGCAAGACUAAUGCAAUGCAUUAAAUUUCUUUAGACAGUUGGAUUAAAAAUAACUUCCUAAGUUCUAUGGUCUGAAACAAGCUGUAGGCAUAAAAAAAAAGUUGGUCACCAUAGUCAACGCUUAUGAUCCAUAACCUAAACUUUAGUAACAGAGGAGAUUAACUCUAUUAACAAUAAAAAAAAUUAAUGAUCUAAUAAUUGUGGAUCAUUUUUCUUCUAAAUGUUAUUGAGAUUUUUUGAUACAAAUCGUCAAAUUCGCUUUGUUUUCGUCAAUUUAAUAAUUAAGAUAGUAUUAAGACUCGAGCUUGACUGAAACGCUAACAGUGCAAACUUUCGGAAACUAUUUUCAAAUGUAAGUUUAUGUCUGUGUUAUGUUUAACUGCAUUUAUUAAUUGUAACAAACGUGAUAAUAUAAUACCGUGGAUUUAAUAUAGUUUAACGCUAGAACUAACUUAUUUGACUUCUUGAUUAUGUGGUGAGAAUUUUUGUACGUAGGUUUACGGAUGUUUUUAAUGCACAAUAAACAUUUUACACAUU